GAUCAGUCACUCAGCAUCAAGCAUGCAGUUAAGUGACAAAGCCAGAUUUCCCUCGUUUAUCCGUACGAUCCCAAGCGACAAAAAUCAAGUGGAUGGCAUUGUUCUCCUUUUGCUCAAAUUCAACUGGCGCUGGAUCGCGUUGCUGGGGACAGACGACGAUUACAGCCAGGACGGCAUAAAGGCAUUGAAUGAGCAGACGAGGGAGCACGGCAUCUGUGUGGCCUACGAGAACACAAUCCCACAGAGCAGCAGCGCCGUGGGACAUAUGUUGAGAAACAUUGUCUAUCUCAACGUCAAGGUCGUGGUGGUGUUUGCAACGGGGCAACCCGUCACCGACCUCAUGAGACAGGCCAUCGCCAGCAACGUGGGGGACAUUGUCUGGGUCGCCAGCGAAGCCUGGUCACUGAGUCAGAGCAUACCCAAGAUGCCUGGAAUCAGCAGGGUCGGCACUGUUUUAGGAAUGGCCGUUAAGGGGAUGGCUCUUUCCGGCUUUGACCAGUUUAUCCAGAGUACGAGGAAUUCCUGGAACGGGAGCUUUCAAAAGAAGCCUUCAGCGUUCUUGGGAGCAACCAGCAAUCAGGGAUCAUGCAACCAGCACUGCCCACAGUGCAGCGAGAUCCCCGCGUCAGCCGUCCAGGACUUUGACUCGACAUUCAGUUUUAGCGUUUACUCUGCAGUUUAUGCUGUCGCCCAUGCAUUGCAUCGGGUACUGAAGUGCGACGGGAAAAUCUGCAAAAGAUCAGAGCCAGUUUUUCCUCAUCAGAUCCUGCAAAACAUGAAAGAGGAGAGCUUCACCCUUAACGGCCGAACCAUCAGCUUUGACAAAAAUGGAGACCCGCCCCCCCAAUACGAGGUAGUGUUCUGGGAUACGACCUCACAGCCAGUCAGCUUCAAGAGAGUUGGAUCGUAUGCCUCAGAUUCAGGAGAUUCAGGGACCCGGUUUGUUGUUCGAGAAGAGGAUAUCAAGUGGCACGCUAGUGGCCAGAUCCCUGUAGCGCUGGGUUCCAAGGAUUGUAUCCCGGGUUUUAAAAAGACACCCUAUGGAAUUCACACCUGUUGCUUCAACUGUGAGCCUUGCACUGCCGGAACUUUUGUUAAUCAAAGUGACCCCUAUACCUGCCAGCCGUGUCCAGAGGACGAGUGGUCAGAUGAUGAAAGUGCAUUUUGCCAAAAACGCACCCUGGAAUACCUCGACUACAAUGAUCAUUUCUCCAUCGGGCUGUUGGUGUGUGCGGGUCUGAUGUGUACUGUCUCGGUGGCUGUAGCCAUUGUCUUUGCAGUCCACCACGACACCCCCGUGGUGAAGUCUUCCGGGGGCAAGAUGUGCUUCUUCAUGUUGGGCUGCUUGGGCGUCUCUUGCCUCAGCAUCAGUUGUUUUUUCGGGGUACCCACCACCUGGAAAUGCAUACUGAGAAACCCCGUCUUUGCUGUUUUAUUCACUGCUUGUCUCUGCUGUCUCUCAGUCCGCACCUUCCAGGUAAUCUGCGUUUUCAAAAUAGCCGCCAAGAAUCCCAAAGUUUAUGAGUUCUGGGUCAAGAAAAACGGUCAGUGGAUGUUUGUGACAGCGGCCGUGGGCCUCCAGAUCUUCAUGUGUGGUCUCUGGGUCGGCAUAGAGGGGCCGCACCCUUUCAAUGACACCCAGGCUGUCAGGGGACAGAUUAUCUAUGACUGCGGCAUGGGGAACAUGUUUGCUUUCACAGCAGUGAUAGCUUUCGUCGGCUUGCUCAGCGUGCUCUGUUUCGCUUUCUCCUACUUCGGGAAGGACCUCCCUAAAGACUACAACGAGGCCAAGUACGUGACCUACAGCUUGCUGGUCUUCUUUUUCACCUGGGUUGCGUACUUGACGGCUUACGUCGUCUACAGCGGGAAAUACAUUCCCCUGAUAAACGCCAUCUCAGUGCUGGCUAGUCUGGCCAGUAUCCUGGUGGGUUACUUCAUCCCCAAAUGUUACGUCAUCCUUUUUAAACCAGAGUACAAUACGACAGCACACUUUCAGACAUGCAUUCAGAACUACACUAAGACCAUUAGUAGUAAAUGAUGACUGCUAUUGCAUUAGAUAAGUACAGAU